ACUCACCAGCCCGCCAAGAUGGCGAUGCAAGCGGCCAAGAGGGCGAACAUUCGACUUCCUCCUGAAGUAAAUCGGAUUUUGUAUAUAAGAAACUUGCCAUACAAAAUCACAGCUGAAGAAAUGUAUGACAUCUCUGGAAAAUAUGGACCUAUUCGUCAAAUCAGAGUAGGGAACACACCUGAAACUAGAGCAACAGCUUAUGUGGUCUACGAAGACAUCUUUGAUGCCAAGAAUGCUUGUGACCACUUGUCAGGAUUCAGUGUUUGUAACAGAUACCUCAUGGUGUUAUACUGCAAUGUUAACAGGGCAUUUCAGAAGAUGGACACAAAGAAGAAGGAAAAACAGUUGAAGCUACUCAAGGAAAAAUAAGGCAUCAAGACAGAGCCACCAAAGUGAGCGUCGUCUGUGUUUUCCCUUUGGACUAAUGCCCAUGAAUCACCACCACUACCCAUUCCUGUUUUUUUUAGUCAAUACUGAAUA